UAUACGCUUCCCUUUAGGAUUUUGUGCCACCGCUAAUUACCACCGUCACAUUGUUUAACUUUCAAUAAAGUUCCACUUUUGUCUCGUGAGUCCAUAGAAUAAUUUCCUCAAAGAUCUUGGCGACCAUGAUGGGUUUUUUUGUUUGCUUUUUUUAAAUUCUUUUUUUUCUUUUUUUUUUUUUUUUUACAAAUACGUAUUGUACACGUAUUGUUUUGUGAGCAUUUUUUGCAUUUUUUGUCCCCACACUAAUUUCUUGUAUCCAAACUCAUUAGUAACUGGAAGUUGUAACACGCUGUGCCCAGCAGGUGUCACUAUUGGUAUUUUUCUUUUAGAUGUUUGGCUCUGAAGAAAUAAGCUUUUCCACCCGUUUCGGUCAGUGCUUCCAAAAACGUUAAUGGCAUUUGUUCACUUCUUUAGACAGAAUUCACGUUUAAUACUAAAACAACGAAAAUACACUUCAUUUGUCCUGGCAGACAUCCCGGUAGUUUUUACGAUGAAGCUCUUUAAAGCGAUAAAGCUUUAAAGAGGAUGUUUAGUCCUUUAUUUAUGUCAAACUCUUUUUUUUUUUUUUUUUUUACCGCACUUUAUAAUCAAACACUCCUAGUUCAAACGUUCUUGUUUUAUUCUUCCGAACGCUUCUAUGUACUACUUCCGGUCUCGUGCUGCGUGAAGAUGCGCAGCUUGAUAUCCUUCUCCCUCCUCAGCAGCUGUGUGUUACCGCCCUCCGGAGAACACCCAACGCUCUCUGCCUCUGAAUAUUAACUAUUCAUUUCGGUUCCUUUGUUGCAGCGCAUGAUCUAAUACAGAAGUAAAGUUUUAUAUUUUAAAGUUUUAUAAGUUACGUGUUACAUUGUAGUUUCAAAUUGCUCGUGCGCACCACGGCGUCAAGUAGACAGAGGGUUAUAGAGGGUGAAGGUCUCUAGGAUUGUAUUUUCUGAGCUUUUGUACUACUUUCCUUGCCAUUAUUAGAAACACACUCCACAGCGGUUUCCCGUUUUGCAUUGCAGCACUCCCCCUGGUGUAUAGCAGCCAAUUCAUGCAAUAAGAGUUCACACGCCGUUACUAUGGAAACAAGUCAACUGUGCAGAGGGACAUAGGAAGAAGAAAAGAAGACGAGGUGCACGGGUGCAAAAAGUGCGUUCCGGAGCUGGAUUAUAUUUUUUUAUUUUUUUUUUUUAUUUGCUAAUGAUGCCACUUGAAUUACAGUCUUCGGCUAGCCGUGCCACAAUGCAAACCAAGCGGAGUGCAUGGACCCCACUAAACCAUCCGCAGAUCAACAGCAAGCUGUUUGAUGAGAGGAGACAGCUUCUGGCAAAAUGGUUUCGUAGCUGGUCCGACAGCCAGAGGAAGGCUGUGCUGGGGGACUUUGCGCUCCGCUGUUCGGUGGAGCAGCUCAGGUCCCUGAGCCUCACCGUGAGCAGACGGCUCCCCCUGCAGGCUGCAGACUUCACCUGCCUGCUGCCCAGAGCCCUCUGCCUCUACUUGUUCUCCUUCCUGGACCCUCGCAGCCUCUGCCGAUGUGCUCAGGUGAGCUGGCACUGGAGGAGCAUCGUGGAGCUGGACCAACUGUGGAUGGCCAAGUGUCUACGGCUCGGCUGGUGCAUCACCUUCUCCCCCUCGGCCUUUGAGCGGGGCGUCUGGAAGAGACACUACAUAGAGACUGUUCAGGAUCUGCGACGCAGACUGCUGCAGACACCGUCAAUGCCACCGGAGCUUGAAAUUCCUUCAGCCAUCAGCGGUGGACGAAAGCAACCACCAGAACUGGUUAAGAACGACAAGGAGCAUCCAGUUCCCACCAUCCAGCCUCCUGAGUCCAGCUCCAGAUCAGGGUUAAAAACAGAAAAGAAGGCUAAAGCCCUGCCACCAUGGAGAGACUCAGACAGACACCCAAAGGAUACAAUGCGCUUCAACUACCUGGACAACCUGGAUCCCGUGGAGCAGACCUUUAGAGAGCAAAUGAGAAGUAAAACCUCCACAUGCCGCAGCGGUGCGUCCCAGAACGGUGACGGAAAGAGAAAAACGCCAUCUGAGGCCACGUACAAACUACGCAAAGCUAAGUCUCUGAUGUUCCUCAGAACCCAGGACUCCUCCCCACCUGUUCCUGCUAAUCGUCUCCCCACAGACCCUCGGACCCAAACCCGCCCCUCAUGGGCAUCUCCUGCUCAGGACCACCCAAUUACCAUUGAGAGAGCCGUGAACCUGCUCAGCAUGACCCGGUGGAACGCCGGGGUCCGACCCGGGCCAGUGAGGCCGUCGGUCCCCCAGUUAAGUUUGGAGGCCCUCAAGGCAGCCCGGCGCUCUCAGCGGAGCACUCCCAGUAUACGGCUGUUCAAUAUUUGAAGCGCAGCUCAACACUGCCCCCAGCAGGACAAUGAUAUCAGCACUGAGCAGAGCUUCAGGAGAACUUCUUUUGAAUGAAUCUAAUAUUCUUCAUUAUCUCCUUCAAACCUUUCGCAUCAUUUUUUUUUUUGCAAGGAAUCGAUGUAUUUUUGGGAUCAAGUUGAGAGUUUCUGCAAAAAUGUAUUUGAGAAGAAUCUGUAAGUCAAGUUAGAAAACGUAACAGGCUGUUGUCUUACCUGAACCUGGCGAGACUUUGGCUUGAAUUUAUUAUUCGAGGACAUUUGAGACAUCCAUCCAUCCAUCCAAUUUCUAACACCCUUGUCCCUGUUGGGGUCAGGAGGGCUGCUGGUGUCUAUCUCCAGCUAAUGUUCCGGGCGAGAGGCGGGGUUCAUCCUGGACAGGUCGCCAGUCUGUCGCAGGGCACAUUUGAGACGUUUCAACUUCUUUUUUCAAAUGUUUCUAUGAUAUUGAACGUGUUUUAUGGGCCAAAUGGAAUUAUAAUUAAAACGUCUGCAAAACCAA